AUGACGACUAGAGCUGAGGUUUUGCAUCAUCUGUCCUUUGUCCGGAGCGACAUUCUUUUGAACUUUCUAUCGGACGACGCAAUCUUUCAGCUUGCGUCCCGAUACUACGAAUCGACGACGGAGGCCGACGUUCUUACACCCGUGGCCACCGCAGCAGCACCUCGCGCCACUGGGCAGACAAAAGAUGUGUCUUGUGAUCGAGCGAAGCGCCCUCUCAAUGCCUUCAUGGCAUUUCGGAGUUACUACUUGAAGCUGUUUCCCGACGUGCAACAGAAGACGGCUUCUGGGUUUCUCACCACCUUGUGGCACAAAGACCCAUUCAGAAACAAGUGGGCUUUGGUUGCGAAGGUGUACUCCUUUGUGAGAGACCAAAUCGGCAAGGACAAGGUUUCUCUGGCAUAUUUUCUGAGCCUUGCCUGCCCUAUCAUGAGCAUCAUUGAGCCCGCUGCGUAUCUGAACGCGCUCGGGUGGUUUAUUCAAGAGGACGACGCAGGAUCCAAGAAGCUGGUCCAGGACGAAUCGUCUGCAACUCUGGACCAAUCGAGCUCGCUGUCAUCGGAAUACCCCAGCACCGAAAUCGAACUCUUGUCCACUCUCGUCGAAGUUGGGUACUUCCCCGAUCAGGGCGUCGAUCUUGUGGAGAGGAUGGGAUCCAGCCACAGCGGGAUCAUGGCUACGCGCGCCGCCAAAUAUGCCCUUCCUGUUUCCUACACGAAGGAGAAAAUGGGUUUCAUCGACAUGAUCAGAAGUGAUCCGAUUCAAGCGUCAAAAGAUAUCCUUGGCGAUUGCUACAACGAAAACACAAUCCGACAUUUUGGCGUCAAGUCGUACAACGUGGAGAAUGUCGAUUCCAUUACGCACUUGUCCAUGCAACGCGAAUAUCAGGAUCCGCGUUCCUUUUAUGACUACUCGGUCAGUUACGCAGGGAUGGACAUCGACGGUUCGAAUGAACCCGUGAUGAGAUUUGACAAUAUCCCCGAGAAUGAAACUUUCGACAUCGACAGUCCUUUUGAUCUUGAUAAGAUCCUUGGUCAAUCUCAGUCAGAGGGCGAAAGAAGUGAGUGA